AUGGAUGACUUGUUGUUGCUGGAGAACCAAGUUCCUUAUCUAGUGCUUUCCACAUUGCUUACUGUUUCCGAAGGCUUAACAGCAGAGGAAACAAAGAACUAUCUAACCAGACUCAUGCUUGCUCCAACCACGAUCGAAGGCCAUCACUUGUUAGACAUGUAUAUAACAGGAACACUAGGGGGAAGAGAAUGCCAGGAACCAAUUAUGGGAGAAGGUGUCGUGAAAGUUUCUGCGGCAGAGCUUACCAGAACAUAUAGAAUAACAUUUAAGCCUGUUGCGACCUACAAGGAUAUAAAGUUUAGCAGAAGAUCUAAAACAGUGAAGCUACCUACCAUUACCAUCAACAAAGGCACAAUAUGUAGAUUCAAUAAUCUGAAAGCUUAUGAAGUACUGGUUGGAGAUACUAGUAAGGAGUUGAUCUCUUACAUACACCUCCUGAAUUUUUUUAUUCUAUCGGUUGAUGAUGUUAACUCGCUCCGUUCCCAACGGAUCAUAGCUAGUUCUUUUGCUAGCGACGAGGCUGUUAUUUCGGUAAUGAAGGAGCUCACGAGGGACACAAUCAGAAUGACAGAUAAUAUAGACGACAAGUCUGCUGUUAUAAUAAAAGAGGUUAUAAAAUAUUAUGAAAACAAAACUAGGGUCUCCGAUAUCUAUUGA